UAUAUAUCUGCCUCACUGUAUGUUUGUGUCAUCAUAUACGAGAGUAGUCUGCGGGGGUGUGGGUGUUUGCGAGCUUUUGUUGUUUUGCUUUUUUACUUGUUUUGAGUGCAACUGUUUGUUUGGAUUUCCCUGUCCACUUUGUUCUUUUGUUAAUCUCGGAAGAGUCCUAAGCGGCCGAUGCCUUGGAGUUUUUCUCGGCUGCCUGUCGAUUUGUUUCUUGUUUCAGAUCAAUUCCAAUCCAAGCACAUACAUAUGAGAAAGGUCUAGCCAUCAGGAAUUUUGGGGCCUCCUUCUCUCCUCUCCUUUCGGUAGUUUUUGUCUCCUUGGUUCUGUCGGGCUCCUCGCUCCUCGAUUUGUCUCCGGAUCGGAGGAACAGGCAGCGAAAUCUGUCUCGUCUCGCUCCCAUGGUCGUCGGCGUCGCUCGCAUGCUCGAAGAAGGAGGGGGAAGGACGAAGAGCACUGCCGCCAAUCCUAUUCCUAGCAACGGGCCAAAGCGACCGGCAGGAAGGAGAAGCAGUGUCGUUGGCGUGCUGGAGCUGGUGGUGCCUGCAGGAUAAAUCGGGAGGCGGCGGCGGUAGUGAUGGCAUCGAAUUCAUCGGCGGCGGCGUUCUUUGGCGUUAGGGAUGGGGACCAGCAAGACCAGAUUAAGCCGCUGAUAUCACCGCAGCAGCAGCUGGCAGCGGCGCUGCCCGGCGUGGCAGGCGCUGUGCCUGCGGCGUCCGGCCAAGGCGCGCCGACCGCGGCGGCGCCGCAGCCACCGCCCAAGAAGAAGAGGACUAUGCCCGACCCCGACGCUGAGGUGAUCGCGCUGUCGCCCAAGACGCUGCUGGCGACGAACCGGUUCGUGUGCGAGGUGUGCAACAAGGGGUUCCAGCGGGAGCAGAACCUGCAGCUGCACCGUCGCGGGCACAACCUGCCGUGGAAGCUGAAGCAGAAGAACCCGCUGCAGGCGCAGCGGCGGCGCGUGUACCUGUGCCCGGAGCCGACGUGCGUGCACCACGACCCGGCGCGCGCCCUCGGCGACCUGACGGGGAUCAAGAAGCACUUCUGCCGCAAGCACGGCGAGAAGAAGUGGAAGUGCGACAAGUGCUCCAAGCGCUACGCCGUGCAGUCGGACUGGAAGGCGCACUCCAAGAUCUGCGGCACCCGCGAGUACCGAUGCGACUGCGGCACACUCUUCUCCAGGAGGGACAGCUUCAUCACGCACCGGGCGUUCUGCGAUGCCCUGGCGCAGGAAAGCGCGCGGCUGCCGCCGACGAGCCUCAGCAGCCUCACCAGCCACCUCUACGGCGCCACCAACGCGGGCAACAUGGCGCUCAGCCUCUCGCAGGUGGGCUCCCACCUCACCUCCACUCUCCAGGACGGCCACCACCACCACCCGUCCCCGGAGCUCCUCCGACUCGGCGCCGCGGCCGGCGGCGGCGGCAGCAGCAUCGCCGCGCGCCUCGACCACCUCCUGUCGCCCAACGGUGCGUCCGCCUUCCGCUCGCCGCAGGCUCCGCCGUCGUCGGCGUCCUUCUUCCUCAACGCGGGGGCAUCGGUCGGGCAGGACUUUGGGGACGACGCGGGCAAUGGGCCGCACUCGUACCUGCAGGCCAACAAGCCUUUCCAUGGGCUCAUGCAGCUCCCCGACCUCCAAGGCAACGGUGCUGGGGGCCCUGGCGCCUCAGGCCCCAGCCUCUUCAACCUGGGUUUCUUUGCUAACAAUGGCAACAGCUCGGGGUCCAGUCACGAGCAUGCAAGCCAGGGGCUCAUGAACAACGACCAGUUCAGUGGCGGGGCAGGUGGAGGCGGUGGCGGCGGGGGCUCGGAGGUAUCGGCGGCGGGGAUUUUUGGCGGCAACUUCGUUGGUGGUGGAGAUCAAGUUCCACCGCCGGGGCUCUACAGUGAUCAAGCCUCCAUGCUGCCGCAGAUGUCGGCGACCGCUCUGCUGCAGAAGGCGGCGCAGAUGGGCGCGACCUCGAGCACCAACGGCGGCGCGGCAUCCAUGUUCCGAGGCUUCGUGGGCUCUUCUUCCCCUCACGUGCGGCCGGCGACGCCGCACAUGGAACAGAGCGACGCGAACCUGAACGACCUGAUGAACUCGCUCGCUGGAGGUGGCGUCGGCGGCGGAGGAAUGUUCGGCGGCGGCAACGGCGCCGUCAGCGCGGGGAUGUUUGACCCCAGGCAGCUGUGCAACAUGGCGGAGCACGAGGUGAAGUUCGGGCAGGGUGGCGGAGACAUGACACGGGACUUCCUUGGCGUCGGCGGAGGCGGCAUCGUGCGCGGGAUAUCGACGCCGAGAGGAGGAGGAGGAGACCACCAGAGCAGCAGCGAUAUGAGCUCCCUGGAGGCCGAGAUGAAGUCGGCCUCGUCCUUCAACGGUGGCAGGAUGCCAUGACCGACCCAUCGGCGGCCAUCGAUCGAGCUUAGACAAGACAUAAGUUCGCGCACAGUAAGCCAGAGACUUGAUCAACAAGCAGAUGCAAUGAGAGGAGUAAGGUCGUCGUUAUAUAGCGUAGCGGCAAACAAAUGCAAGUUAGCAACUGAGUCGCAUGAGUGAGUUCAUGCAAGGGAUAAAGCAAGCUAGCUAGCUAGCUUUCAUCAUCCGAAGGGACCUUGGGUGAGAGAGAAAGGCGUCUUCUUUGACUAAUGGAGUAAGCUAGAGUGCGAGUUGGACGCAUGUGAUGACCCCUUUGCUCGUGGUGGGGGUUGGUGUUCAUGCUGGUCUUGUUCUUGUUGGUUUUCCCUUCCUUGUAGUUGGAUAAUCUUUGUUGGAUUAAGUAUAGUUUCUGGUCAUAGAACCAAUAAGGAUGUUUGUAGCUAGCUUAAUGGGGGCGUGUGAUUUGCAGCUUAAUUAGCACCAUUCCCUCUCCUGCUAUUUUUUAUUUCCUUUUCUCUUGUAGCAAAACAAUAUUCCCCUUACAAUGCCAUUAAUUAUGCUAGCUCAAAUUCAUGCUGUUUUCCUGUGGAUGCA